CAUACGCCUUUUCACGUUUUUCACACUUUUUAUGCGUAAUAAAACUGUGCAAAUAUGAGCAGAGAGAAAAGAGAUUUUCACUGCUGUGAGAGUCCGGAGAACCGUGAACAAGUCUAGCUAAGAUAACUUGCUAUUUCCAAGCAUCGCCUUCGCCUUCGCUGUUGUCAGUCAGAGUCAAAGUGGUGCAAGAUAAAAGUGCAAAUUUUAAUGUUUCAAUGUCGAAUUGAAAAACUUUUAAAGUAAAAAUUGAAACAAUUGGCCCUUAGGGCAAAUAACGGCUAAGGCAGCAUUAGCAGCUGUCUGCUCACACGCAAAAUGGACAACUGAGUAAAGUCAUAGCGAUUAAAUUUUACCUGGAAUCAAUAUCAAGUUGAACGGGAAUACACUACUAUCGUGAGUCACCCGGUUUAAGUACUGGAUAAAACUGUGAAAAACAAAAACGCAUACAGCGUAAGGCAUGAAUUUGGGAAGUACAGCUGGAACAGGUACUUCCGGUCAUACCAGUAGCUACACGGGCACUAGUGGCAGUGGUUCAGUAGCAGGCAGUGCCAGCAACAGCAGUGAGAUGCCUGUAGAAAUUCGUCCAAAAGUAGUAACGGUAAAACAUCCGGAAUCGAAUAAACCUAAACCUACCACAAAAAAAGGAAAAGCCAUUCAGGCGGACGUAGAUGUGAUCAAAGAGUUUCAGCGUUGCAAGGAGGAAUGCAUCCAACGACUUGAUUUGAGCAAAUCAUCCAUCACUGUUAUUCCAGCAUCGGUAAAAGAUUGCACCAGUCUAGUUGAAUUUUAUCUCUAUGGUAAUAAAAUAAGCUGCCUACCGGCCGAAAUCGGAUGUCUCUCCAAUCUGAAAACUUUGGCACUAAAUGAAAAUUCGUUAACUUCCCUGCCAGACACCCUGCAAAAUUUGAAGCAAUUAAAAGUUCUUGAUUUGCGUCACAAUAAGCUCUCUGAUAUACCGGACGUUAUCUAUAAGCUGCACACGCUUACAACUUUAUAUUUGAGGUUUAACCGAAUUAAAGUUGUUGGAGAUAAUCUUAAAAAUUUAAGCAAUCUGACAAUGCUCAGCUUGCGCGAAAACAAAAUACACGAGCUUCCGGCAGCGAUCGGUCACUUGGUAAAUCUGACAACGCUAGAUCUAUCGCACAAUCACUUGAAGCAUCUCCCAGAGGCAAUUGGUAACUGUGUAAAUUUGACUGCUUUGGAUUUACAGCACAAUGAUCUGCUAGACAUUCCUGAUACGAUAGGGAAUCUUGCAAAUUUGAUGCGAUUGGGUUUACGAUACAAUCAGCUGACAUCAAUUCCCGCCUCACUGAAAAAUUGCAUACAUAUGGACGAAUUCAACGUUGAGGGAAAUGGUAUCAGUCAGCUUCCCGAUGGUUUGCUGGCUAGCUUGAGUAAUCUAACUACUAUAACUCUGUCCCGAAAUGCUUUCCAUAGUUAUCCAUCAGGAGGACCCGCGCAGUUUACCAAUGUCACAAGUAUUAAUAUGGAGCACAAUCAGAUCGACAAAAUUCAGUACGGAAUAUUUUCACGGGCCAGAGGACUUACCAAACUUAAUAUGAAGGAAAAUGCUCUUACGUCCCUACCACUGGAUAUCGGCACUUGGACGCAAAUGGUUGAGCUAAACUUUGGCACCAACUCGCUCACCAAACUACCGGACGAUAUACACUGCCUGCAAAACCUUGAAAUACUAAUUCUGUCCAACAAUCUGUUGAAACGUAUUCCAAAUACCAUCGGUAAUUUGAAAAAACUUCGAGUGCUAGAUCUCGAAGAGAACAGGCUCGAGUCUCUGCCUUCAGAAAUCGGCCUUCUUCAUGAUCUGCAAAAACUCAUUCUUCAAUCAAAUCAGCUGACUUCCCUGCCUCGCACGAUUGGCCAUUUGACCAACCUAAGUUAUCUAUCCGUGGGAGAAAACAAUCUACAGUUUCUACCAGAAGAAAUUGGCACUCUUGAAAAUCUCGAGUCACUCUACAUCAACGAUAAUGCCUCGCUAGUAAAGCUCCCGUAUGAGCUGGCCCUAUGUCAAAAUCUGGCAAUUAUGAGCAUCGAAAAUUGUCCCCUGUCUGCACUACCACCAGAAGUGGUCAGUGGGGGCCCAAGUCUAGUAAUACAAUAUUUGAAAUUGCACUCGCCCUAUCGACAAAUGUGAUUUGUUACAGCGGAACUUGUACGGUCCAUUGCGGCGUAAGGAAUUGAUUUUGACAAGAGUCUGCCACUGUACGACUCUCGAAGCAUCUUAUACGAAAUGUCUAUUCUUAAUGUAUGUGUAGAAGCGGCAGCGAGAAAGAGCGUUUCAGUUAUUUUGUUCUUGAGCGAAAACGAUAGUAAAACAUCAAUGUGAUUUAAAUGAAGCUUUAAUAAUAUUGCUAUUAGACAGAAGCAAAAAAAAAAGAAAAAAACUUAAAGUGCGAAUGGAGUAGAAUACUGUUAAGAAAUAUUUGUAGUAAAUCAAAAUGUUUUAAAAACGCGAAUGCGGAUCGUUAAUUUGAACAACAUCAUAUAGUAGAUGAAUAUAUAUAACCGUUGGAAAUUUGGUAUAUGCAUGGAUAUUUUGGAAAAAUAUUAAAAUCAUUCAGUCUCGUUAUUCGUUAUUCCGGACAGAUUGGCUUUUCCAUCGAAAAAGGAUGGUAUUCUUUGAAACGCCAGAAAAAUCAAAUGAGCAAGUGACGCGAUCGAAAUUAAGAUUCGUUCGGAAUGAUGAAAUAGGCUGAUUAUUUUUUUGCAUUGCCGAAAGGCAGUUGAACCAUCUUCAACGCUAUUUAUCUAAAUUCAAUUUAAGUUUCUUUAUUCGCGAAUUGAUCACAUCUAGAACAUAAAUUUGUACGCUAAUCACAAAUUCUUAAGCAACUCUUGCGCACCCGGAUUUUUCUGUGCCGGAAAAAGCAAGUAAACGGCAUGAAUAGAUGUAGCAAAAAAGUAUCAAAUUUCUAACACAGAUUGCAUGAAAGAUAGCAAAAGUCAGCGCAGUGAAGUUGUAUGCCGCCAACGUGUUUUGUUUUAACCUUGUCGCAAAAAAGCAGUUUCUAAAAUUUGAUUUAGACAACAAUCCAUAUACUGAAGCGAUCGGAUAAAACUCGAAAGGCAGAGCGGGUAACCUCUUUUAAACAUGGAUGAAGAAUUUUUCAUAAGCGCGAUCAUUAAUUGAGACAAUGAAUAAUCGUAUAGUUGGUUUAGGCAUUUGAAUCGAACGAUUGUAAUUAAUUUACCGAGUUUUAUAAUUGUGAUUAAAAACAACAGAUAAUCGAUUUUUAAGGCAAUCAGUUUAAAAUUGUAUUUCUCUUACGACGACGACAUUUUUAUGCUAUUAUGUACUAUUAUUAGUGUUGAGCAGCAUGCUAGAAUGACUGGAUGAAACAUGAAAAUACGUAUAAAUAAUGAUAAGAAUAUUAUUUUUGAGAAGGUGCUCAAUCUUGUGCUAUGUUUUCCCCAACAUUACGAACUGACUACAAGGAUAGGUACUGCAUUUAUUUUGCUCUCGAUCGCUCUCAUUUUGAAGACGAAAUGAUUGACAUAAAACAGGAAAACGAACUGCAACGAAUUUAUAGAUGUUAUGUAGGGCAUUACCGUUAAAUUCUUUCAAGUACAGAGAUUACCAUUAAUAAUUAUACUGUUAUGUUUGUAAUUUUAAAAUUGGUUUCUAACAUUGAUUAGAAUAAUUGUUACGUAUGCACUCUCUUCAAUAAACUCUAUUAUUUCAACAUAUGCACAUAUGCAACAUAUGCAUGACAUCGUAAGGGCAAAAUUGUAUUUUUUAACUUUCUAGUCAGAGACAAAUGAAAAAUGUGCUUAAAGAUGCGAAAAGUCUGCAUUUUCAAAAAAAAAAAUGAGCGUGAAACAUUGAAACUCUUUGGACAAAACAAGCAAAAUGGCCUAAUAAAUUUGUAGUAGUGAAAAAGAUAAUGUACGAGUUAAAUAUAUUAAACAAUAAACGACAAAAGACCUUGCAUUAAAGAAAAAAAACUACCGAACUUUAUUGUAAACCAAUUUAGCGUGAGAGAAUAAAGAUUAAGUAAUACAAGAAAUCAGCAUUUCAAAGAGAUACAUUGAGCAACAGCAAAUACGAAAUAUGUGUUUAAAAAAAACAUCUCAGUAAAUUUAUCCAUAACAAACCUAUAAAAGAUAAACACACGAGUUAUAGUGUCGAUGAAAAACGAUCCCAGAACUCCAUAGAUAUAAAGCUAAUCAACAAAAUGAUGCAGUAUAAUGGGAAACGGUUUAAAUUACGUUUAGUUCCUCGACGUCUAGUGAACAAAGCAGUAGUUGUAGUGCACAUCAUGUGGGAUUAACCCUGCAGCGGGAUAGCAAAGUGCCAUGUUUGAUUAUUUACAGAUACAAAGCAAAACUUCGCCAGACUGGUGAAAAGGCGUCAAAUGAUACUGAAUAGAUGAUUUCAGCGUGUUCUUUCGAAAAACAUUACUCACCACAAACAGCAAUGCUCCAAAUCAAAAUAUCUAUUGUUGAAAUGAUUUUAUCAGACAAUUAGCAUAAACCAAUAACCAUGUGUAGACAGUCUUUUUUUAAAGGGAGGUAAACCAAGAAAAAUAAAACACAUAAUGCGCACACAAAUAAAGUAUUCAGAUGAAAGAUGUUGAAAGUAAUGUUUAUUAAUCUAUUACUAUUCAACGAGCGAAACAAACUAAAAAACGAGAUCAACUGUGUAUGUAUU